AUGCACGUAUUUGACUGGUUCUCUGCGACGUUCGCCUUCGUCGCGCUCGCGCUCACACUCACCUCGGCGGCGGUCUUGCCGGCGGAUCACGGUCCGAGAAGUGCACGCGUAACGCGACGAGGGACUCUAUCCCGCCGGUACGUCUCUUUGACAUCUCCGUGGGGGGAAGGGGGGUCACAAUGACUUGUGCACACCACAUGCUGCAACGACCUUUCUUCGCGCUCCGACCCUUCAGCCUGAGCUGACCCUUGCACGGUUUUUUGACCCUCCUGCAGUGCCGGUUGUGUUCCUAAGCGUUGCCCCGCGGUCGCCAACGCCACAAGUAUCUGUACGGCUCGAGGCAAAUGUUCUUUCGUGUGCAAUGCCCGCUUCAAGAAUGUGAGGAACGCUUGUGUGCGCGAUGUCACGCUAUGCCCACAGUUUGCGAACGCUCGCGUGAUUGUGACCUCGGGAGCCUGCGACUUCACUUGCAACUCUGGUUACACCAAGAACGGUGGCGCCUGUGUGAAGAACUGCGACAAGUCGAAUUGCCCCGGGGUCACCAACUCGGUCUCAUUGUGCACGGCGUCAGGUGAUUGCGACUUCACUUGCAACUCUGGUUACACCAAGAACGGUGGCAGGUGCGAUCAAGUUGUGUAAGCUUCAAUACUGAGCAUCAAUGGCUCUGGCUUGGGCUGCGCGCUCGACAUCAUAGCUGACCGUCUAUUGUUCUCAUCGCGUCUGCAGUCCCGUUUGCGAUCCUCAACAAUGCCCAGCCGUUGCGGACGCUAUCACCGUCUGCACUGACAGAGCGUGUGACUUUACUUGCAACUCGGGUUUCACCAAACAGGGCGGCGCCUGUGUAUCGACCGUUUUGACCGAGUGAGUAGAUGCAGUGUUCCUAGCCGGGUGAACGGCCGGGAGCCCACUGACUGGACUGCGCACGAGCUGACAACCUUCUGCCCCAGGCGAUCGGUAUCAGUCCUACCUGCGUUGCGAGUGCAUGCCCCCAGCCAAACAACAGUAUCAGCGUCUGCACUGGCACGGCUUGCGAUUUCACUUGCAACUCGGGCUUUACUAAGCAGGGCAACGGGUGUGUCGUGACCCCGUGAGUAGUAGACGGAGGACCGAGACCCGGGAGGUCAGUAGGCAUAGGAGCUGACGGAGGAGCGGUUGUGUCUCGCUCAUGUAGUCCGUGCGUUACGGUCAAUUGCCCCGGAACGGCGAAUGGAGGCGCGAUCUGCACUGCCAAUGGAGCAUGUGACUUCGAAUGCAACUCGGGCUACACCAAGCAGGGCAACGGGUGUGUCGUGACCCCGUGAGUAAUCGACGGAGGAGCGAAACGUAGGCCGACGGCACAGAAGCUCACAGACUCCCGCAUCUCAACGCCGAUCCGCGAAAUAGUCCAGCCACCUGCCUCGCGAGUGCUUGCCCCCAGCCAGACAACGGCGUCGGAAUCUGCACUGCCGACUCUUGCGACUUCACGUGCAACUCGGUUUACUUCGAGCAGAGCGGCGCCUGUGUGUGUGAGUGAUGAGGCACGCCCGGGGGGAGAAGGAAGCGUGCCACCGUGAGCAGACUAGUACGCCCGAGCUGAUGCCUUGUCACCCAUCCGGAUAGACCCCUUUGCAACGUGAACAACUGCCCUGGCACGGUCAACGGUUUUGGGUUCUGCUCUGUCAACACGUGCGUCAUCGGCUGCAAAUCUGGUUAUGCCAGGCAGGGUAACGUUUGCGUCUCUACCGCCUGA